AUGGUUCUGAAGGCAUCGGACGAGGGAAAGAUGGUAGAGACGAACGGAUUCCACACAGUUGGGAUUGGUUCGAGUGCACGGAAGGCACUGCUAAGUGCGCUGGAGGACAAACGACUCGUCGUUGGAUUGGCUAGCGCAAUUCGAAGCUUGGCCGCCAAUCCGGAUCAGUACAAUUUCUGCUUUUUGGCUCCGACCGAGGACCAUGGUGAGAGUGGCAGCCACAUGCAGGAGGUGCUGAUGGAAGCGUUUUGUUUGGAACACGACAUCUACAUCAUUAGGGUGGAUAGUGCAGACAAACUCAGUCGCCUGGUACAAUCACCGGUCAUUGCAUCAUGUGCAUUGGUACGCAAGCUUCCAGCGAAAAUGGUUCGGCGAAUGAGUAGCGCCUUUCGUCGUUCGGAGAGCAUCCUGAUCGAACACUGCGAGCUUUACUGGGAAGAACCACACAAACCCGUUAUCAAAUUGCCGGAAAAGUGA